ACCCUAUGACGUACAUCGGGACUUGUAUUGUACCAACUAUAAAUAUCUCCGCUUUUGCAGGAACCUGAAGUUGUAGUGAAAUGUGAAAGUGAAAUCAUAACCUAAUAUUUUACACGCUUCUUUUUGUGGUGAAUUUUUGGUGCAAUCUCUUAUUUAGUUAAACAUGGUAAAAGUAAAGAAACCCUCGAAACCAGAAUCUAAGCAGAUUAAAAAAGUUGUUACUAAGGUGAAAAAUGGUAAAACAGUAAGCAAGAAACCAAAAGAUGGGAAAUUGAAGGAUUCACUAAAAUCUGUUCUUGAAGAAAAGUUUAACAUAAAUGUUGAAGAUGUGGAGAAUGCAGUAGCCGGUGUUAUUAAGCUACACUUAAACAACCCUAAGAUUAAGAACCAAUUAUUCGACGAAGAUAAGUUUGCUGUAAAUAUGAAACUAAACUGUCACAAAAUUCCAAGGGGAUAUCCAAAAAUACUAAGAGUUCCCUUAAAGUAUUCCCUGUUAACUCCCGAAGAUGAUGUGUGCCUUAUCGUGUCCGAAAUUAAAGGUAUAGGUAACAGAGAACACGAAAAACAUGUUGAUCACUAUGAAAAACUUCUAGCGGAGAAGAACGUCACCAACAUUAAAAAAAUCAUGACUGUACACGAAUUGAACACUGAACACGAAACUUUCGAGCAAAAAAUCAGACUUGCAGAUUUAUAUGACGCGUUUUUAGUGUGUGGGAAAGUUAGUGGCAAGGUUGUACAUAAAUGUGGCAAAAUCUUUUACAAGAAGAGGAAAGUUCCAACAUCGGUUAAUCUUAAAGCUACGAAGUUAAAAGAACAUAUUGAUAGAAACUUAUCAAAAUCAUUUCUUCAUUUACAUUUAAAGGGCGAUACUUAUAAUGUUCAGUUGGGACACAGUAAGAUGACCGUAGCACAAAUUAUAGAUAAUUUUACAUCUGCAAUGGAAUAUUUAGCUAGCGAAUUUCCUGGAGGAUUUGAAAAUAUUAAGGGAUUACAUGUGUGUACACCGAGAAGUACAUCUAUUCCUGUAUAUGUAUCUGCAAAGAAUCCAAAGGACCUUCAAGAUGUCAGAGUAAAGACCACUAACAAAUAUAAAGCUAAGGCGGUUCAAGAUGAGUUAACAACACUACCUAAUGCCAAGGUUCUUGUUAAACCAAGUGGUCAAAUUAUUGUUACAAGGAUGCGGGACGAUGAAGACGAAGGUGAUGAUAAAGAAAAAGAUGAUGAUAAUGAAGAAGGUGAUGAUAAAAUAACCUUAAAAGACAUUCUAGAUGAUAUCAAGAAUAGUAAACACGUGAAAAGCAAAAAUGAACAAGACGAAUCUAGGAAGAAAUUAAAAAGCAGGAAAAAGGCGAAGAAAAGUCUACUAAGUGACUGGAAAGAAGAAACAUUAGACACAGAGGAUUUAUCUAUUGAACCUAUGAUUAAAAAGAAGAAACAGAAAAGUUCUGAAGCUGAAAACCUGGAUGUAUCUGUGGAACCUUUGACUAAAAAGAAAAAACAGAAGAAAAGUUCUGAACCUGAAAACCUGGAUGUACCUGUUGAACCUCUGAUUAAAAAGAAGAAGCAGAAAAGUUCAAAAGCUGAAAAUCUUGUCAAGAAAAACUCAAAAGUGAAAGGUCAUGGUAAAAGUAAAAAUAAAGCAAAGAGAGAGAAAGCAUAAUUUUGUGAUCCAAAAUUUUUUUUAUGAAUUAUGGCAUAAGUAACUUGUAAGAAUAUAAUAAUAUGGCAUAAGUAACUUGUAAGAAUAUAAUAAAUAGUUAUGGUUUU